ACUUAAGAAUUCAUUUAGUGCCAACGAAGCGCUUGAUAUAUUACGUAUACAUCAAGCACCACCACCACUGUAAAAUCUUGUAUCAAUUGUACACGGCUUUUGUCGGUAGUGAUUCUUGUGUUUACCUUUUCAUAAGAUUAGUAUCACCAUCCAGUUGCCUAUGGAUUCGACACCUCGAGAAUCGAUGUAGGCACUAUUAUUAUCAAGUUACAGAAGUAACUUUAUAAGUUGUUGCAUAGCACAAGAAGUUGACCCUUCGCUCGUAAGGUGAUACAGCAGAAAGGCCAUGACAGGAAGGGGCUGGUUUCGAAUACUUUGCCUUUUGGUAUGCAUCUUUAUAUUGGCCGAGUUUAUCAACGCCCAAACAACAGAUCGGAGACGCUCUACAAGUAGGCGCCGAGCGGUUGUUAGCAGACGCCGAGUGGUUACGACAAGACGCCGAGUUGUUACCCAAAGACGCCGAGCGACUGUGAGAAGGCGUCGAGUGGUUACGACUAGACGCCGAGCGGUCACCCGAAGACGCAGGGCGAUUGUCAGUCGGCGCCGAAGAAGAGGCUCUUCAAGUAGUUCUCAACGAUCGAGCGCCACUACAGGGAGUAUUGUUGGAAUCGUUUUCGGUGCGAUUUUUGCGUGUAUUUUCAUUGGCUGUAUUUGUUUUGCGGCAAAGCGUUCUGGGAGCCUGUGCUUCACUGUGACCCCAAACGGAUAUUUUGGCACCAGCCGUCAGAAUCCGGCUUACAAUGCAGAUGGCUGUACAAGUGGACCAAGCCAAGAGACAGGGCCCGUGCACAACCAGCAAGACAUGCCACUUGCAGACCUGGCACCUUAUCCCCCAGAUGCCCCCCCUCCUUACCAUACUGUAGCCCUGAACAAGCCCUCCCUUCAACCAUACAGUCAGAUGCCUCCGGUUGAACAAACUCCACCCUAUCCUACUGAUUCCCUAGCAUACCCCCCAUGGGAUUUAAGUCAACCAGAACCACCCUACCCUUUAGUGGAUCAACCCAGCGCCCCACCCUCUCAGGAAGCAGCAUCUUCCCCUCCCUACCACCCUCCGUCACCAUCACAAGACUCUGCCUACCCCGGGCUGGUAUUUUCCACAGCGAGCCCACCGCUAGUGCAGAAUAAUGCAGAUCUGGGCGAUGGCCCGCCGCCCCCAUCAUACGAGGAAUGUACGUCAUGAAUGGAAAAGAGCUCAGCGUUAUAAUUAAAGGCAAAGAGCUUAGCGUUAUAAAUAAAGGCUUUGCGUUAUAAUUGCAAUCGCAAUUUUUUUUUAGUUAAAAGUCAUACCUUUACAUGGAGGUGAAUGAAAUAAUUUGUGGAUUAAAUUUUGUAAUUUAA